CAGAGAAGGGGAAAAGAGCGGCAUUGCGAUGAAUCGCGAUCUCCACGCAGGGCAAAUUCUCUGGCGCCACAUCGUAUGGCGCACCAGGGAGUCCAAGGUGUUCUUCGCCGGCUUCAUGGGAGCGUGCCUCGUGGUGCCGUGGGUGGUGGCCGAGGGAUUCAUCUGGGCGUCGCGGCGCAAUGAGGAGAAGCUCAACAAGGAGCUUGGCCAGAGGCCCAUGGGCGUGUCAUCGGACAUGUCAAAGGUGAAUAAAGAUCGCCUCCAGGAGCUUCUGGACGAUGUGAAGAACAAGCGCGAUAUCAACGAUCGCUACGCCGCGGCGCUGCGUGGCCAGAUCAUGACAGGGCCUCCGGAAGCUCGAGUUCUUCACAAGGGAGGCGGCACGACUUUGCCACCGAUUCCAGCUCCAAGCCCAGUCCAGGCAGCGUCUAGCAAGCCACAGCCAGCAACACAGACGGCUUGAGUUGAUUCAUAUCCUUCUUUUCAUCGUUUCUUCUUCUUUGUUCUUCACUGAGAAUGUUUGCUGGAGUUUUUCCAGGAUUAUCGAUCGCUAUGUUCUCGGCAUUCCUUUGAAUGGAUCAUACGUUUAAAGCUCA